GUGGGGAAGGGCCGAGGGGGAGGGGGGAAAGAGGAGGAGGAGGAGGUUGCGGCGGGUUUGAAAGCGGCAGUUUCCUGGCAGCUCUGGCAGGCGUUGGUCUCGCCGCUCCCACUCCACAGAGGCUGCGAUCGAUCCGGCGACGGGUUUGCGCGCGCCUCUGCGCGCCCCCGACGGAUUUUUCCCGUUCCGGCUUUUCCCCGCUUGCCCUCCCCGCCCCCCAGCUCUGCCUUUCCCGCCGCUCGGGCGAGGAGCCCGGGGGCCCGCCGUCGGCUGUGACCCCGCCCGAAGCCCCCCUGGAGCCGCCUGGGGACCACCUCCUCCCGCCGACUCCAGCCUGAGCCUGCCGCGCCUCGCGGAGCCCGGCCAGCCCCGGGGGGCGCAGCCGGGAGGGGCGUCCGCGGGGCGUCUCCGGGCGCGGGGCGGCGCGGCCCCCCGCGGGCUGUGGUGGUGGGGGGGAGGCGGCGGAGCGGCGCGGCCGCCCGGAGCCGGGGGCUGAGAGGGGGCGGGAGCGGCGCCCCCGCCGCCCGCGCGGGGUCUCCCCCAUGGUGCAGCGGGGUUCGGGAUGUCGAAGACGCUGAAGAAGAAGAAGCACUGGCUCAGCAAGGUGCAGGAGUGCGCGGUGUCCUGGGCCGGGCCCCCGGGCGACUUGGGCGCGGAGAUCCGUGGCGGCGCGGAGCGCGGCGAGUUCCCCUACCUGGGGCGGCUCCGCGAGGAGCCCGGCGGGGGCACCUGCUGCGUCGUCUCGGGCAAGGCGCCCAGCCCAGGGGAUGUGCUGCUGGAGGUGAACGGGACGCCUGUCAGCGGGCUCACCAACCGGGACACCCUGGCUGUCAUCCGCCACUUCCGCGAGCCCAUCCGUCUCAAGACGGUGAAGCCAGGCAAAGUCAUCAAUAAAGAUUUACGACAUUACCUGAGUCUUCAGUUCCAGAAAGGAUCAAUUGACCACAAACUGCAGCAAGUGAUCAGAGAUAAUCUCUACUUGAGAACCAUUCCAUGCACUACAAGGGCCCCCAGGGAUGGGGAAGUACCAGGGGUGGACUAUAAUUUCAUUUCUGUUGAACAGUUCAAAGCACUGGAAGAGAGUGGAGCAUUAUUAGAAAGUGGAACAUAUGAUGGAAAUUUCUAUGGGACUCCCAAACCUCCAGCAGAACCCAGCCCUUUCCAGCCAGAUCCCGUUGAUCAAGUCCUCUUUGAUAAUGAGUUUGAUACAGAAUCCCAAAGGAAACGAACCACAUCUGUCAGCAAGAUGGAGAGAAUGGACAGCUCUCUUCCUGAAGAGGAAGAAGAUGAAGACAAAGAAGUUGUAAAUGGCAGUGGAAAUGCAGCGGAAAGCAGAGAAAGGCAUUCUGAGACAUCUGAUUGGAUGAAGACUGUCCCAAGUUACAACCAAACAAAUAGCUCCAUGGACUUUAGAAAUUACAUGAUGAGAGAUGAAAAUCUGGAACCAUUGCCAAAAAAUUGGGAAAUGGCCUACACUGACACAGGAAUGAUCUACUUCAUUGACCACAAUACUAAGACAACCACCUGGUUGGAUCCUCGUCUUUGUAAGAAAGCCAAAGCUCCUGAAGACUGUGAAGAUGGGGAACUACCUUAUGGCUGGGAGAAAAUAGAGGAUCCUCAGUAUGGAACAUACUAUGUUGAUCAUCUUAACCAGAAAACCCAAUUUGAAAAUCCAGUGGAGGAAGCCAAAAGGAAAAAGCAAUUAGGACAAAGUGAUAUUGGUUCUUCAAAACCAGAUACAGAAAAAUCACACUUUACUAGGGAUCCAUCCCAGCUUAAAGGGGUUCUGGUCCGGGCAUCAUUAAAAAAAAGCACAAUGGGAUUUGGUUUUACCAUCAUUGGUGGGGACAGACCUGAUGAGUUCCUCCAAGUGAAAAAUGUACUGAAAGAUGGCCCUGCAGCACAGGAUGGAAAAAUUGCACCAGGUGAUGUUAUUGUAGAUAUCAAUGGCAACUGUGUCCUUGGCCACACCCAUGCAGAUGUUGUCCAGAUGUUUCAACUGGUACCUGUGAAUCAGUAUGUAAACCUCACAUUAUGCCGUGGUUAUCCACUUCCUGAUGACAGUGAAGAUUCUGUUGUCGACAUUGUAGCUGCUACUCCUGUCAUCAAUGGACAGUCACUAACCAAGGGAGAGACUGGCAUGAAUACUCAGGAUUUUAAGUCAGGAGCAGUGAUUCUGGACCAAAAUGGAAAACCCGGACUUAGCUUAAUCAGUGAUCGCCUCAAUGGACCAUCAGAUCCAAGCGAGCAGAGGGCAUCCAUGGCCUCUUCAGGAAGCUCCCAGCCUGAACUAGUGACUAUCCCUCUAAUUAAGGGCCCUAAAGGCUUUGGGUUUGCAAUUGCUGAUAGCCCAAUUGGACAGAAGGUGAAAAUGAUAUUGGAUAGUCAGUGGUGUCAAGGCCUACAGAAAGGGGAUGUAAUUAAGGAAAUUUAUCAUCAAAAUGUGCAGAACUUAACACAUCUCCAAGUAGUAGAGGUGCUGAAGCAGUUUCCAGUAGGUGCCGAUGUACCAUUGCUUAUCUUAAGAGGAGGUCCACCUUCACCGACUAAAACUGCCAAAAUGAAAACAGAUAAAAAGGAAAGUUCAGGAAGUUUGGAGGCCGUAAAUGAGCCUAUUCCCCAGCCUAUGCCUUUUCCACCCAGCAUUAUCAGAUCAGGAUCCCCAAAACUGGAUCCUUCUGAGGUCUACAUGAAGUCUAAGACUUUAUAUGAAGAUAAGCCACCAAACACCAAAGAUUUGGAUGUUUUUCUUCGUAAACAGGAGUCAGGGUUUGGCUUCAGAGUGCUGGGAGGAGAUGGACCUGACCAAUCUAUAUACAUUGGGGCCAUCAUUCCUCUGGGAGCAGCUGAGAAAGACGGUCGGCUUCGAGCAGCUGAUGAGCUUAUGUGCAUUGAUGGCAUUCCUGUUAAAGGGAAGUCACACAAACAAGUCUUAGACCUCAUGACGACUGCCGCUCGAAAUGGCCAUGUGUUGCUCACUGUCAGAAGAAAGAUUUUCUAUGGUGAGAAACCCCCUGAAGAGGAUAGCUCUCAAGCCUUCAUAUCAUCACAGAAUGGCUCUCCCCGCCUGCACCGAGCAGAGGGCACAGCUAGACCUGCUGCCCAGGAACCCUAUGACAUUGUCUUACAACGGAAAGAAAAUGAAGGAUUCGGUUUUGUCAUCCUCACCUCCAAAAACAAACCACCUCCAGGAGUUAUCCCUCAUAAAAUUGGCCGUGUCAUUGAAGGAAGUCCCGCUGACCGCUGUGGAAAGCUGAAAGUUGGAGAUCAUAUCUCUGCAGUAAAUGGACAGUCCAUUAUUGAACUGUCCCAUGAUAACAUUGUCCAGCUGAUUAAAGAUGCUGGGGUCACUGUCACACUCACAGUCAUUGCUGAAGAAGAGCACCAUGGUCCACCAUCAGGAACAAACUCGGCCAGGCAAAGCCCAGCCCUGCAGCACAGGCCCAUGGGACAGUCACAGGCCAACCACAUACCUGGGGACAGAAGUGCCCUCGAAGGUGAAGCUGGCAAAGACGGCUCGGCUUCAUACAGGCACUCCUGGUCUGACCACAGGCACCUGGCACAGCCUGACACGGCCGUGAUUUCGGUUGUGGGCAGUCGGCACAAUCAGAGUGUUGGUUGUUACCCAGUGGAGCUGGAGAGAGGCUCCCGGGGCUUCGGAUUCAGCCUGCGAGGGGGGAAGGAGUACAACAUGGGGCUGUUCAUCCUGCGGCUGGCUGAGGAUGGGCCUGCCAUCAAAGACGGCAGGAUUCAUGUUGGUGACCAGAUUGUUGAAAUCAAUGGGGAACCCACUCAAGGCAUCACACAUACUCGAGCAAUUGAGCUCAUUCAGGCCGGUGGGAAUAAAGUUCUUCUUCUUUUGAGGCCAGGAACUGGCUUAAUACCUGACCAUGGUGAUUGGGGUAAUUAUCCAUCAUCUUCAAAUGUGAUUUAUGAUGAACAGUCACCACUCCCCCCAUCUUCAUAUUCUGCUUCCAUAUUUGAAGAGUCUCAUGGGCCAGUAAUUGAAGAAUCUCUAAUGAGAGUUCAGAUAUGUGAAAAGACAGAAGAAUUAAAAGACAGUGUGCCUGAAAAGAAAAGCACUUUAAAUGAAAAUCAGGCUGAUAUAAAGCACCAGACUCUUCAAAAAGAUGUGAAGAAAAGGAAUCCACCCAACAGUCAUGGGCACAGUGACAAGAAAAAUCUCUUACAAGUAGAAGAUGGUGUUGCACAAAGAGGUAGAUCUGCCAGUCCCAAAAAGUCACCCAGUCAGUAUUCAGAGGAACAUUUAGAAAAGAUCCCCAGUCCUCUAAACACUGACCCUAGAAGAAGACCCAGAGAUCGCUCACUUAGCCCCAGGAAAGGGGGUAAUAAAAGCUGUGGGACCAGCACCAGGGCAGGUUCUGGACAAGACCACUGCAGAAAAAGCAGAGGACAGUCUUCAAGUCCAAAGAAACAGCAAAAAACUGAAGGAAUCAAAGACCAAUCAAAUGCUGAAGCCAAAUUAUUAGAGCAUGAGAGGCGAAGAGUAGGGGGUCAUGCUAAUGACAAUGCUGAGCACAUCUUGGAUGGAAAAGAAAAAUCAGGUAUGAACAAGAAAGAUAGAAAGCAGAGUCAGUCUGGAAAAAAUAGAACACGGUCUCCAGAGAAAAAAAGCAAAAGAGUGGAUGAAAAGUCCCAUCCACUCAAAAAGGUUAAUACCACCACUAGUAGAGUAGUAGCUGAGAAUGAAAAGGAAAAGAAAACAACUUUUGGAGAAACAAGUUCUAGUAAAGAUAAAAUGGGAGACAGUGUCAAAGUAGCAGAAAAGAAACUGAAGCAGGAACCAGAAGAGAAAAUGGUUUUAAACAAAACAGAAGGUCACAGAGGAAAAGAAUUAGAGGCAACUGACAAAAACAAAGACAGUGGAGGUUUCAAAUCUGAAAGUGGUUCUCCAGUUAAGAAAACACCCAUAACUCCAGGACCCUGGAAGGUGCCAGGUACAAGUAAAGCUACAGGCACGACUGGUAUAACUGAGCGACGGCUGUGACCUUAGUAUAAAACAGAAACAAAUUAUGAUUUUUUUCUUACUGAAAAGCAUUUUUGCCAACAAAAGAAGUGAAAAACAAUUGUCAGAGAUUCUGAAACACAUAAUCAUUUUAAUUUGAGCACCACCUUGGCUGCAUGAAGGACCUUUAGGAUUACUAAAAAGCAGUCUGCUGGCUCCCCUGUCCGUGCCCAGGGAGGAGCUGUGUCCACACGCCUCUCCAAUACACCCGCCACUGACUGCCCAGCUCAUCUCAUGAGUGUCUGAACAAAUGAUAUCUGUCAAUAGUAACAGUGUGGUCACAACUCACUUUGUAUUUGUGCCAAGUUAUCUACUGUAUCAUGUCUAUUUUAUCCUUCUCGCUCAGAUAAUUCCACAGUAAUGAAAAAAUUAGGCUUGGCUUGAAAGAUGAUAUUCUCAAUAGCAUGUUGCAUGUUUACAGAGAGAAAUAUUUGAGUUCUUGCAGAAGAGAUUGUUAACUCGUCACUAAAGAUGGCAGUUGCCUCUUGUAAUAGCUACUGAUGACAUUCGGGUUUAAAAAUAAAGCUCCAAAUCAUGACAGCACUAAAGGGGGAAAAAAAUCUUAGUUAAAUAUCAACACUUUGCAAUGGCCUUUUAAUUCAGCUGGAUAUUUAUUUUAAAUACUAUUAAAGGUAUUAUUGACACUAAAUGUCCAAAAUGAAAAAACACUAAGCAAUGAAGAACUCAUCUCCUGCUGCAUUAUCCAACUUCAGUAUAGCUCUGCACCGCAGGCUCCCCUUUAUUUCUUUUCAGUUGUUUCAUUAUAAAACCACAAAGAAGCAUGUGGAAAUAUUGCUUAAAGCUGUGCAAAGGAAAACUACCAAAUUUCUAUCUCUGAAUAUUACUAAGUCAUUAUUUGUUAAGAUAUAUAAUGCAUUUGAAGAGUCAAAAUAUUAUACAGGUUGUGUGAGAGACUUGAACAUGAAGCCAGUUUCACAGUCCAUGGCCAGAAACAGUAUCAGCACUACUCAUCUGGCAGCUGCUGUAUAAGCUUAGGUGUUUAGACGCAGAAUGUGUAAGACCUGCUCAGCAAAUAAGGACAGACAUGGUGGCAGACAGCAAUCGCUAGAUCUUAAUUUCUAGCUACAUUAACUUAUUUUACAACCAGAAAGAGUAACUAAACAUCUGCUUAGCUUGUACACAUCAACACAAUUCUUCUUUAAAGUCUAGUAGUUAAAUGUUUGUUGAAGGGUGGAGACCAUUUUUAAGUCCAUAAAACAGAUUCAGCUUUUUCAGUCCCCUGAAAGCAGCAUUCAGUAGCAUCUAUAAAUACAAAGCAGUCUCAGAAUAAAACCACUUUAUGGAGUAUUUGAAUAUGCUUGUCCUCUCCCCUGGGCUCAUCUUGUUAUUGUGAAAUACAUUAUGUCCAGGACCUUCCCUCUCAGAGUCUGACUGUGAAACCCCUUAACAGCUGAAGCAGCACCUGUAGAUAAGACAUGCUUCCCGGAGUGAGAUUUUUGCAAUUCCCUUUUCAUCCAGAAUUGUAUUUACCCACCUAGUAUAACUAGAGAAAAAUUGGGGUUGAUAAACACUAUGAAUUUAGUACCACAGAAAUGGUUUAUUUUCCCUAUAGUCCACACUUAAGUGAUUUAAAAAAAUACUAUUUUUAUUGUUAACUGUGACAUAACUUUGAUGUCAUAUGUUGUCAGUCUGAUGUGGCUCUUUCCUUUCUAAGUAACCUGUCACUGUACUGAUUAUAUACUGACUUAGCAAUGUGGCCUUGGAAUGUUAAGCAAAAUAUGGAUGUAUGGCUGGUUGUAAAUGUUUAUAUAUUGUACAGUACCUUUAUAUAUACACUUGAGGUUCUGAUUAGAGAGAUCUGUAAAUCGCUUGUUAUUUUUUAUAUAGAUAUUAAAAAAAAAAACAAAACCAGUUUAUGGUCUGCACUUCUUUUACUAUUAGAUUUGUUACUUUCUGUUUGUGGAGUUAGUUCCCAUUGUGUUUUAUGUGGUCCUCUGAGUAACAAGUACUCAAAUUCCUACUCUUAUAUAGCUCUUUUUUUAUAUAUAUAUGUAAAGCUUAAAAUUGGUUUGAGUUGGAUAAAAAUAGUUGUGCAUGAGUAAUAUAACUACCAAAAAUAAAUCCUUUCUUAUACAUCU